AACAACAUCUCACAAGUAUCCCAUCUACCAUCAUGUCCGGCACAGAAAGAAUCAAGGAUAAAUUGAACUCGCUACGCACAGAGGCAGACAACGCCGUUCUGCGUGCAGAGGAGGCGGAAGCAAAGAACAAGAAGUACGAGCAGCUGCUCCUCGAGAAGGAGCAAGAGAUCACAUCGCUUCAGCACAAACUAUCACAGCUGGAUGCGGAACUCGAGAAGGCUGAGGAGAAAGUUGCGGAGUACAAGACUGCCAACGUUGAUGGGGAACAAACAAAGAUGACGAGCGAGGGGCUCCAGAGGAAAGUGCAGCUUUUGGAGGAGGAGCUUGAUGUGGCUGAGAAGAACGUCAAAGAGACAGUUGAGAGGUUGAGACAAGUAGACGUCAAGGCUGAGCACUUUGAACGCCAGGUGCAGCGUCUUGAACAAGAGCGAGAUUUGUGGGAGAAGAAGUACGAGGAAUCGGAAGCCAAGUACAAGAAAUCACAGGCAGAACUGGCGGAGCUCGAGGCGAGCAUGCAGGACCUGUGAUCUCAUCGCGACAUCAUCAUAUCGCGCACCUUCCGCGUACCCAACCUCCCCUUUUGUAUAGUUUACUUUGGAUCUGAUCAUGAAAUAAUGUCUUUUGGAACG